AUGGGCGACCGCAUCAGCCCCGAUCAAGUCGGGGAGGAGGGCAACAUGCUCACCACCGACCUCCUCAUCAUCGGCGCCGGGCCCGCAGGCGCCUCCCUAGCAUGCUUCCUCGCCUCGCACGGGAAAAAGGGCCUCCUGCUUGCGUCAGCACCGGGAACCUCGCCCACCCCUCGCGCGCACAUCACCAACCUUGCUGGUCUCGAAACACUUCGAGACAUUGGCCUCGAGGAACAGUGUCUCUCCCUUGCGACCCCCUCGACAAACAUGAAGCACACCCGUUGGUGUCGGUCUUUGGCGGGGGAGGAGUACGCGAGGGUGUACUCCUGGGGCCACGACCCGAUCUACAAGGGCGCGUACGAGGCUGCUUCGCCGUGCAAACACGUUGAUCUGCCGCAGACGCUGCUCGAGCCGGUGCUUGUGCGGAAAGCAACCGAGGGGGGGUGGGGGGUGAGGUUCAGCACGCGGUUGCUAAAGGUGAAGCAGUUAGACGAGGGGGUGGAGGUGGAGGUGCGGGAUGAGAUAUUGAAGCGGGGUUAUAAGAUCAGGUGUAGGUAUUUGUUUGGCUGUGAUGGGGCGAGGAGUCAGGUUGUGAGGGAGGUGGGAUUGCCGUUGAUCAAGAAGCCCGGGCAGGGGCUGGCACUGAAUGUGCUGGUGAGGGCGGAUUUGACGCAUUUGAUGGAGCCGCAUAGGGUGGGGAACUUGCAUUGGGUGUUUAAACCGGAGGAGGGGAUCGAUGGCAGAGAGGCGCCGGCGUGGGGGUGGGCGGCGAUUGUGAGAAUGGUGAAGCCUUGGACCGAGUGGAUGUUUAUCUUUUUGGCGAAGCCGGGGAUGGAUUUGAAGGGGGAGGAGAUGGAGGCCACCGAGGAGGAGUAUUUGGCGAGGGUGAAGGAGGUGAUCGGGGAUGAGAGCGUUGAGGCGGAGUUGGUGCACGCGAGCAAGUGGUGGAUCAAUGAGGUGGUGGCGGAGAGGUAUCAGGAGGGAGAUGUGUUCUGCCUGGGUGAUGCAGUCCACCGCCACCCCCCGUUCAACGGUCUAGGCUCCAACACCUGUCUCCAAGACGCCUUCAACCUCGCCUGGAAGGUCUCCUACGUGCUCGACGGCAGGGCCAGUCCCGGCCUGCUGGACUCCUACUCGCUUGAGAGACAGCCUGUGGGAGUAGACAUCAUCACCCGAGCCAACGACGGACUGAGAGACCACAUCCCCUGGCAGCAAACCCUCGGGAUGCUCUCCCCCGACCCAGCUGAGCGCGCCAAGAUCCUCGCCGAAUUCGAAUCCGCGACACCAGAAGGAAGGAAGCGAAGACGGGAAUUCCGAAAGGGAAUUGAGAGAACAACGACCGAGUUUCACGGACUGGGCAUAGAGAUGAACCAGAACUAUUCUCACUCACCAGCAGUCUACCUUGACGAUGAGACAGGACCGGGGCCUGCGGUGCCAGAAGAUAAAGUCAGAACACAUGUUGUAACGACAUACCCGGGGAGGAGACUGCCCCAUGUGUGGGUUAACACUCGGAUACCAGCGAAGAAUAUGAAGAGCACGAUUGAUCUGGCUGGGCAUGGGAAGUUUUGCUUGCUGACUGGGUUUGGGGGAGGCAGAUGGAAGGAGGCGGCAAAGUCAGUGGGUGAGAAGUUGGGACUGCAGAUCAACAGCUACAGUAUCGGCUGGCAUCAGGACUAUGAAGAUGUCUACUUUGACUGGGCAAAGAAGAGGGAGGUGGAGGAGGAUGGGUGUGUGCUGGUGAGACCUGAUCGGUUUGUUGCUUGGCGGGCAAAGGAGAUGGUGGAGGAUGCCGAGGGGAAGUUGGAGGAGGUUUUGAGAAGGAUACUGGGGAGACCUAGGGAGGCGUGA